UUGUAAUCUCAUCAUGUCUCUAAUCCAAGAACUCGACCACCUUAAAAUUCCAGUUGAAGACAUCAAAUUGGCCACCAACAACUUCUCCGACGGCAAUUUCAUCGGCCAGGGUGGAUUUGGGAGUGUGUACAAAGGCCAACUCCCCGUCUCUGCCACUGCCACCAGAUCCACUAGACCAUCCACCACCGUCGCUGUAAAGCGGCUAGACGUGAAGGGUGGUCAAGGACAAAAUGAGUUCUUGAUGGAGAUCUUCAUGCUCUCUAGUUACAAACACGAAAAUCUCGUCUCUCUUGUUGGAUUCUGCGAAGAAGGUGACGAGAAAAUCAUUGUUUACGAGCACGAGGGUCGCGGAAGCCUCGAUAAGUAUCUGGCCACCGACCAUCUUACAUGGGUGCAACGGCUUCUGAUAUGUCUUGGUGCUGCUCGUGGACUAAAUUAUCUACAUACCGGUGUCGGAGAGGGGCACAGGGUUUUACAUCGUGACAUUAAAAGCUCUAAUGUCUUAUUGGAUGAGAACUGGGAAGCAAAAAUUUCCGAUUUUGGGUUGUCAAAAAUAGGUCCAACGAAUCAGGAGUUCACUUUUCUUGUUACAAAUGCCGCUGGAACAUUUGGCUAUGUUGAUCCGCUAUACGUAUCGACGGGAGUUCUUACAAAAGAGUCGGAUGUGUAUUCUUUUGGUGUGAUUUUAUUUGAAAUCUUGUGUGGAAGGCUAGCGAUGAUCGGAAAAUAUGACGACGAACGUCGGUUCUUAUCUCACUUGGCUCAACUCCGUUAUGAAGAGGGGAAACUAGACGAAAUCAUUUUUCCCGGUAUUCGGAAACAAAUAAAGCCCGAUUCGUUGCGAGUAUUCUCCAGAAUCGCUAAUCAAUGCCUGAAAAUAGAUAGGAAAAAACGUCCGACGAUGGCAAUGGUCAUCGAACAGCUACAAAUCUCGUUGGAAUUUCAAAUCGGUUGUCGGAAAAUCGUACGAAUUGGGUUAUGGGGAUCGAGCACAGGGGGAUCCCCAUGGUCGUUGCAGCUUGAUAGCAAUCAGAAGCUUCGGAAGAUAACGAUAGAUCACGAGGAUUGGCUUUAUUCUAUUGGUUUCACAACUCAAGAUUUUAGUGGGACGUUGGAUUCUUCUCAACGUCAUGGUGGCAGCGGCGGCCCUAGCGGUGGCAGAAUUUCUGAGGUUAACUUUGAUGUUGAUGAGGAGAUAACCGAGAUACUAGGAACAGUUGGGAAAACGACCGGACGUUAUGCAAAUUAUAUAGUAAUCUCAUCAUUGUGUUUUAAGACAACCAAAAAGACGUGUGGGCCUUUUGGUAAAGAGACAGGGACUUGUUUUUCAGUGCCAUGGGAUGAAGGUACGUUUGCAGGGUUUUAUGGUCGCGCUGGUUUUUACUUAGAUGGAUUGGGUUGUUACUUGAAGGCUACAAUAUGAAAGCCUUCUUCUUAUAUGACUCCUUAUAGGUACAUAUAAGAUAUAACUGUUGGAAUAGUGUCUA